AUGCAGGUCAAAAACACAUUAUUCAAAGUCCACGCGACUCAGUUAUCGCGCACAUCAAUCACAUUUGAGGAGAUGUUUGCUGUCAGGGGGCAAUCACGACCAACAGAGGGCACAGACGGCUCGAGCGACGAUCACCCAAUUAUAAUUCCUGAACUCAGCAUGAACAUGUUCGAGCUCUACCUUUCAGUUGCAUAUAACAGUUGGAAACCAGAAGGUCCUACCCAUAGUGAUGUUAUUGACCUCCUACGGUUCAGCAACAAGUUCAUGAGUCAAAAAACUCGUGAUGUUGCCAUUCAUCACCUUCAUGAACAACGAUUUCGACACAAACCAUAUGACCUUCUCGCACUCUGUCUCGAAUUCUCAAUUAUGAAGUUCUUUAAGCUCGGGUUUGAAGUGUGGAAUGCCCUUGUCGAUGUGAAAGAGCUUCGCAUUGUUGCCUGCGAGGAGCUGCCUCUUAUUGAGCACACUGCGUGCUGCACCGACAACACUGCAUGUUCCAUUGACUGGCGACAACUCUGGUGGAACUCAAUGGCCCGUUUCCUUCUUGAUGGUCGCAACCCGCAAGCCUUCCAUGAGGCCGUUGAUCGUUUCCAGGAGCUGGGUUCUGAAAUUGGGAGGGUGAACCCGGAGUGUUGGAAAAUGCUGCUUCAAACAGUGAAGAAAGGAACAGCAUUUCAUCUCGCUUAUGAUCUCGUUGAGGAGACGGCUCAGCAGCUGUCGGCAGCUCUGAUCACGGAGCCUGACCAAAUGCUGACAUGCGCAGAAUUAGAUGCUUUUUCAUCAAAUUAG